AUCAUCUCUUCUUUCUCUAUAUAGAUCAUUCAAAUUCAACUUCUAUUACAACUUAAUAAUUGGGCAAAGAAAUUGUGAAAACAAGACAAUGGGGAGAGCACCAUGUUGUGAUAAAAAUGGACUGAGAAAGGGUCCGUGGACUACAGAAGAAGACCAGAAACUGAUUGAUUAUAUACAGAAAAAUGGGUAUGGAAAUUGGAGGACUCUUCCAAAAAAUGCUGGGCUGCAAAGGUGUGGAAAGAGUUGCAGACUACGUUGGACUAAUUAUCUUCGUCCUGAUAUCAAAAGAGGAAGAUUUUCUUUUGAAGAGGAAGAAGUUAUUAUUCAACUCCAUAGCAUCUUGGGAAACAAGUGGUCGGUUAUUGCUGCUAGUCUUCCAGGGAGAACAGACAAUGAAAUCAAGAACUACUGGAACACCCACAUUAGAAAAAGGCUUCUUCGAAUGGGAAUAGAUCCUAUAACACACAUGCCUCGUCUUGAUCUUCUUGAUCUCUCAGCGAUUUUAAACUCAUCUCUCUACAAUUCUUCACAAAUCGAUUUUUCAAGAUUGCUUGGAAUGCAAAAUCUUGUAAACCCUCAAUUCCUUAGGUUAGACAAUCUUUUAUUCCAAAACCAGAACCAGAGCCAAGAUUUUCUGCUUCAAACCAAUGCUCAAGACUAUCAAACUUGCAAUAAUUAUCAAUUCCUAAAUCAAAUCCCACCAUUAGUACAACCUUGUACAACGUUGGAAACUCCGAGUGUUCCACUCGAUCAAUUCCAUGUCACCAACUUCAACCCACGAAAUUGCCAACUAAAUGAGUGGCAAACCAAUCAAAUAGUACCUCCUAUGCCAAAAGAUUAUGCACCCUUAUCAAACUAUGGAUAUGAUUAUGUAUACGGGUCGGAUCAAUCUAUCAUGGAUCAUCCUCGAUCAGAGACUUCAAAUUUUCAAUCCAACGGCAGCAGUAAUUUCAGCAGCUUUCAAUCAGUUUUGUCAAAUAUAUCAAGCCCUUCAUCAAGUCCAACUCGAUUUGAUUCCAAUUCUAUCAAAUUGACCAGCAGCAGUACUGAAGAAGAGAAAGAAAGCUACGGCAGUAAUUUGUUGAAGUUUAAUAUAGCAGAUAUGUUGGAUGUUAAUCGGUUCAUGUAAACUGAGAAACUAUAAUAUAAAAUUUACGAUAAUUUCUGCAAAAACAGGAAGAAUCCUUGUCUUAACUGUAUUAAACCAAAUGUUUUCAAGGAUCCCAAGUUCCCAACAGUCGGCCACCGGUGUAAGCGCCGCCGGCAGUGGCAUGAAUGUAGGCGGUGACACGUGUAACAACCGCCUGUAUAAUAGCGUA